GGCUCUCUUGUCAAGCAGCUAGCAAUCGCAAAUAAGAGCCUUGGUGGUGGUGUAGUUGUGGUGCUAGCAGAAAGAGACAAAGAAGAAAUGGAGAUGGACAUAGCAAAACUAGAAUUUGAUUUCAUGAAAACAUCUGUUAUAUGUAGGAGUGGCAGUCCUCUUAUACUGGCUGACUUGAAAAAGGUUUCAGUUUCCAAGGCACGUGCUAUCAUUGUUUUGGCAGCUGAUGAAAAUGCGGAUCAAAGUGAUGCACGUGCUUUGCGGGUUGUACUGAGCCUUACCGGUGUAAAGGAGGGCUUAAGGGGUCACGUUGUUGUCGAGAUGAGUGAUCUGGACAAUGAGCCUUUAGUGAAACUUGUUGGAGGAGAACUAAUUGAAACAGUGGUUGCUCAUGAUGUGAUUGGACGUUUGAUGAUACAAUGCGCUCUCCAGCCUGGCCUUGCACAGAUAUGGGAAGAUAUAUUGGGAUUUGAGAAUGCAGAGUUCUAUAUAAAAAGGUGGCCUCAGUUGGAUGGUAUGCAUUUUGAGGAUGCACUAGUUUCAUUCCCUGAUGCAGUACCCUGUGGAGUUAAGGUUGCUGCAAAUGAUGGGAAAAUCAUAAUAAAUCCUGAUGACAAUUAUGUUCUAAAAGAUGGCGAUGAAAUCCUUGUUAUUGCUGAAGAUGAUGAUACUUAUGCUCCAGGUCCUUUACCAGAGGUAUACCAUCUACCUUUCCUUUAUGCAUCAAAGGAUCUUGAGUAUCCAAAUCUUGUGUUUGGGCAGUUUGCUUCCACUGGUGCCCUAGUUUCUUGCAGUGUAAAUCAAUACUGAGCUAGUUCACACCGG